CCCCCGGCCCCGGUUCUCUCUCUCUCUCUGGUGAGACAGUUUUAGGAGGCACUAGUUCACAGUUUUAACGGCGGUUUAAACUGGUCUGUUGGAGGAGUCUCUCCGAUCAGACGGGUGUUUUAAGGCAGUAAGUUAAGGUAGUUAAAGUGUUUAGGCGGAGGUGUUAGUGCCUCCAGGCGGUAGCGGGGGUUUAGUUUGUGUAAGUUAGGCCGUAGUUCUGCGUUGGAAGAGAAUAGAGAAGCUGGAGGAGCUGCAGAAGGAGGAGGAGGGCAUGAGACACGACGACGGGCUGCUCUGGUUUCACAAUGGCGCGGCGGUGAUGUUGUUCAGGUGAAGCGCGGAUCCUCAGCUUGCGAGUCCGGACACAACCAGCGCUUAUUUCGGGUACUAUGGAGCCGAGCGGCCGGGCGAAGGGCAAGUUUGAGUCUGAGGAGAAUCGGACUGACUCCGUAAUCGACUCCGGUAUCGACUCGUUCAGAUCUUUACCCAGAGACGAGCCGCGGUUGAGCGGCGCGGCCGGGAGCUCCGCGCCCGGGGAGCAGGACAAGCUGAGCGGGGGGGACGAGCGGCUGGACUCGGCCUACGGGUCCUCCUCCAUCGUGGACAAUCUGAGCGAAAUCAUCCCCGAUAAAUGCAGCAUUUCAGGAACGCCGAGCUCCCAGAACACAGAGGAAAACACAGAGGACGAGGAUGAGGAGGAAGAAAACCUCCUAACUACUGUCACAGAAGACGGAGACACAAUUGUCCACUUGGUCAUUAUCCAUGAAUACAAACCAGCUGCCUACGACCUGAUAAGCAUAUUGCCAAAAGAGGUCCUGGACAUUCAAAAUAACUUGUAUCAGACACCAAUGCAUCUUGCUGUCUACCUGAACCAGCCUGAUGUGGUGAAGUUGUUGAAGGAGAAUGGGGCCUGCUUGGAGCUACAGGACCAGGAUGGGAACACUCCACUGCAUGUAGCCUGUGAACAUGGCCGGCUAGAGUGUGCCAAUGAGAUGAUUCUGGAUAGUUCACCCACCAAACUGGUCCAAGUGUUUGAGACUCAGAACUGGAGAGGUCUCACUUGCCUGCAUGUGGCCACGUUGCACAAACAGCACCGGCUCAUGAAACUCCUGAUGAAGAAAGGUGUGGACUUGAACAUCCAGGAAGGUACAAGUGGGAAGACGGCGUUACAUAUUGCGGUUGAGCUGCAUGACAAUGAGGCUGUCGCUCUGCUUCUGAUUAAGGGUGCCAACGUGGAUGCAGCAAUGCUAAACGGCUGCACAGCUCUACACCUGGCUGUUGGCCGGCAGGAUGCCACCAUUACCACCCGCCUGUGUCAAGCAGGAGCUGACAAAAUGAUCCGGAACAUGGAAGAUGAGACAGCACUAGACCUCGCAGAUGGCAAUGAUGAUAUACUUGCUCUGUUCCCGUUUGAUGACAUUCAGAUCAUGGGCAGGACUGUUGGUGUGAACUUCUGAAAGUUUUUCUGACCGGAUGGGAGAAUUAAUAUGUUCAGUGUUUGAGAUUUAAACUCCAGUAAUUAAACUACUUAUGGAUUUCCCUUUAGUACCUUUCUAUAGCCUCAUUUAUUUGAGAUAAUGUGUGUGUUGUAGUUGUAAAUUUCUAUUUGGGAUGACACACAAUGUCACAAUUGAUCUAGAGCUGAUCUAGAAUGAUGAAUUGAACAACCACAAUGGCAUCUUUAAUUUGAAAUGUGUAUACAACAUGCAUAUAAUGGCAGUACCUUUUCAUUCAAUGAAUCUAUGUGUAGCAUAUUUUAACAUAACGAUUUGUAAUGAAAGGUUUUCUGCUCAUUUGAUGUGAAUUCAUGCAGCAAAAGAUUCUUACACUACUUUGGUAAAUCAGUCAAGUUAAACCAGAAA